AUGCCGCCAGUUCUCUACGUUAUUCGCCAUGCUCAAGGUGAACACAAUGACUCGCAUCAUCUUCGAGACGCCUUGCUUACCGAAGCUGGCAAAGCGCAGUGCAAAGAUCUCCAGGAACAUUUCCUAUUUAUGCAAGAUGUUCAAGCCCUGAUUGCCUCUCCUCUCAGACGCGCUAUACAGACCGCCGCUUUUACAUUCGCGCCGGAAUUAGAAAAGCGCCAAUUGCCUAUUAUCUUAGCCCCCGACGCGCAAGAAAUCAGUUUUUUGCCCUGUGACCUUGGUCACGAUGCCGAUGUUAUCAAAAUGCAGGCACCGGAUUUAAUUGCCAAGGCUGUACCUUCAUACAAUGUCCUGAACUUGGAUACGACCCUCGUCGAUGAGUCGUGGAACUCAAAAAAAGGAAUACAAGCGCCCAACCUAAAUGCCGUUCGAAGUAGAGCUGCUAGACUACGCAACUGGAUCUAUAAUCGUCCGGAAAAGUAUCUCGCACUUGUCUCUCAUGGCGGCUUUUUGCAUUACCUCAUGGAAGAUUGGACUGGUUAUGAGGAAGCAAGAGGUAUGACAGCACAUUAA